AUGGAUUUUGAACGGCUCGCAAAACAAAACGGUAUCAGACUACGGAGGCUUACAAUGUCCAACUCUCCUUUGAGUGAAUACGACCUGAGAUGCCUGGCCAGAUACUGUCCUAAUCUCGAAUUUUUGAAAUUAUGCUUGACGCGAUCAUUGGGGAACGCGAAUGGAGUUGCCCUCUACAAUGCAUUGGGGUCUAUUCCACGGCUGGUAGAUGUGGAAUUGGAGCUCAACACACCCGAUCGACAUGUUCGGGAUGAGGAUCACCCAGAUCCGUCUGAAGGCGGCUCAUUUGAAGAAUUUCAUGAGAAAGACUGUAUCUUACAGAAGGAUGAUGUGACCGAGCACAUCAAAAACGGCUACGUCCGAGAAACGUUCAUCAAUUGUGCUCUGGACAAGGACCUAGCUUGUGCUAUUUUUAGAGCCAUCUCUGCGGGAAAGCCUAAAGAAAUAGGUCGACCAAUACAGAAACUAAAUGUCAGGAUGACUGGUGGAAGAAUCAACGUGGGCUGGGAUCAGACCAAUGGCUGGUUUCAGCAUGAAAAGUGUAUCAACUGGCUGAUACCACGGGUCAGCCAAUGGUGGAAAAUUGAGUGUCAUCCUCGACACGAUCGACAAAAUGACCUGGUUAUAACAAAGCUAGACGCUGAGAACCACCCAAAAAGGAACAAGCGAAGGCUUAAUGAAUCAAUCAGCAGCGUUGAGGAAAUGCUCCGGCGGCUUUGGCCGGGAAUUCAAGACAUGUCCGAUUGGGAAAAUCACUGGCAUAGUUUUCCUCUAGCUGAAGUUGACAAGGAGGCCGAAAGUUAA